GUAUUGUCUCUUCUCUGUCUGUUCAAUAAACAUGACAAAUAUAGAGAUGACAACUAAAGAGUUUAGCAAUAUUUCUAUUAAAGAUACCAAUUCGACGGCGAAAGCUUCAAAUGUUUUUAAUUUAGCUUCCGAAGGUCAAAUUGAUCAAUUGAAACAUCUCUCCAGACAGGAACUGCACAAACGUGACGAAAAUGGUGCCAGUGUUUUACUAUACGCUGCAAAAAAUAUGCAUGUAGAAGUUAUAAAAAUGCUUAUGGAAUUGAGUCCUAGUCUGUUCUUUACAAAUGAUAACAGAGGGCAAAAUGCGCUUCACUACGCCGCAAAGAAUACAAAACUUAAUGAUAUAGACAGAAUUCUAUCGUUCAUUAACAUCUGUACGAAAUUCGAUGAAAAUUGCCUAAAAGUUCAAGAUGAGAUCGGUCUAACUCCACUACAUGUGGCAGUAAGUAGAAACAAUGAAGAAUUUGUUAAAAGCUUAAUGAAGUAUAAAAGUUACUUGAACAUUGAGGCUGUCGAUAAUUUCGGAUCGACUGCUCUUAUUGAAAGCGUCAAAUGUGGUUGGACAAAUAUAUGCAGGUAAGUGAAAAACUACUCCUAUGACAAGCCUAUUAGCUUAUAUACACAAUAUAUAUAAAGUAGACAAAGAUAGAUACUACUACCGUAUUAUUAUAUAUACUGUUUAAAAAAAAUACAUUUAACCAUUCCACUAGAUGUCUCUAGCGUUUGUUAAACUUAUAAAUACUUUAAGCAAUUUAAAACUUUUCAUAUUCAUCUACUUAUAGUUAUAAUGUAAUUAAUUAAUAAAUUAAUGAUAAUAAGAACUCUAGGACACAGCGAUUAAUGGCUUUCUCUUUUAAGUAUGCUAAUAGAUAAUGAUGCAAAUGUUGAAGCAAAAGACAACGAAGGUACAACUUCACUGCACGUAGCUCUUUCUACAAAUUGGAAUGGCGGUAAAUCAAGACUACAAAUGUCCUUUCUGAAGCGGUUGUGCGCAGCGUCUAAAAAUAAAACUACCUUUGUCAACGUUCGGAAUAGUUUGGGAAAAACUGCGUUACAUCUAGCUUUUGAACACUUUCCUUAUAUUCCAUUACCUGCUGUUGUACGCGAAUUAAUUAAGUACGGAGCAAAUGUGAACAUUCUGUGUAGUCAUUUCAAGACGGUUACGUCUGCUUUGCAUAUUGCCUGUGCUAAGACCCUUAAUGAUGUAAAAGUUCAAGACGCUUAUAAAAAGGCAGCAGAGGUGUUGAUAAAAACUGGAACCUUCGUAAACUUAGAAGAUUCUCAAAUGAAUUCCCCAUUGCAUCUUGUUGCCGAUUCAAAGAACGGAGUUUUGGCAGAAUAUCUAAUAGAUUUAGAAGAAAUAGAUCUAAAAGUAACUGAUGCAGACUUUAGGACUCCUCUUCUAAGAGCAUCCGCUUCCGGUCAUGACCGGAUGAUAGUAAAAAUUCUCUCUAAGAGUGUCCAAUUCCUCAAAGACCGAGACAAAUUCGGAAGAAAUCCAUUGCAUUUAUCUUGCGAAAAUGGCCAUUUAUCAACAACCCAACUCCUUUUCGAAUGUUUAAAGAAUCAUAGCAUGGAAAUGGAACUAACAAGCGUUGAUAAAUUCGGAAGAAACUGCCUUCUCACUGCUGCCAAAAAUGGCCAUCUAGAAAUUGUCAAUUUUCUAGCUAAAGUUUCCGAUCUAAAAUUAGAUGUAAGUCAACAAGACGAACAGUUAAAUACUGCUCUACACCAUGCAGCUCUUAACAACCAUUUAAAUAUUUGUAGCGAAUAUUCAAUCUCUUGUUAUCAUAAGAAUGAAGAUUUUGAUACUCCAUUGCAUAUAGCUUGCGCAAAAGGUCAUUUGGAAAUUGUAAAGACGUUUUUAAAUCAAUGUCCACUAAUUGUGAAUGAUAGAAAUUUUGAUGGAUGGUCACCUCUACACUUUGCAGCGUCUAAUGGCUUUAGCGAUAUUGUUGAACUGUUGAUCGACAGCAAUGCUGAUGUUAAUAUAAAGGAAAAACUAGGAUUAAAAACUCCAUUACAUAUAGCGUGCGAAAAGGGAAGAAUAGAGGUAGUCGAAUGCCUCUUGCAGCGAGGUGCCGAAGCCGAUGCAAAAGACUCGAAGGGAGACAAUUGUCUAGAUUAUUGCUAUAAAAACAACUACGAGUCUUGCGCCAUUUUGAUAGUCAACUCAAAAAAUUGGCGCAAGUCGAUAAGGUCAAUGAAAAAUUUAAUUGAAUAUAUGCCCAACGUAGCGGAAUUAGUAUUAAAUCAAUGUAUAACGAUUGAAGUUUAUAAGGAUGACGAUAGUCAGUUGAGAAACAAGAAAUUCAUAGAGUUUGAUUACGAAUUAAUAAAUAAAGAUAAAAAGAAAUUAGAUCAUCCUUUAUACGCUAUUGCUAAAUCGGAAAACGAAACGUUACUAAAUCAUCCUCUCACUUCUGUAAUGAUGAUCGGAGAGAUGGAUUUUGGCGAUUUAUUCGAAAUGGAGUCUCACAGGAAUUUCACAUCUUAUAUAAUAUUUGUCAUCUUUCUCAUUUUAAUGGCAAUUAUUGUAAUGAAUUUAUUAACUGGUUUAGCGGUAGAUGACGUUAAUGCUCUUAGGAAGAAAGCUGUAGCUAGAAAAUUAAGCUUACAAAUCGAUUUAGCUUUAGGUAUAGAGGAAAGUCUACCAAAGUUUAUAAAGAAGAAACAGCAAAUAAAGAGCGAAAGAUUCUUUUUCGAUCGGAAAGAAACUUGGUCUACUAAGCUAUUCGAUGGGCUAUCAGGUUUAAAAGGAAUAAUAAAUGCAGGGAAAGAAUUAUGUAGAAAAGGUUAUUUAUUGUCUUGUUACUCCUAG